AUGUUACCAGUCGCACAUGAAAUCAAACGUUAUUAUCGGCCGGCUUCUCAGGCCCUACCGCCACAAAACAGUAAAGUUCCUACAGCAAGUGGUCCUUCAGAUCUUUCGCAAGUUCCGUCAACCUCCGACUGUACUGUUCAAUUUGUUCCUGUAUGCAAAUAUGAAGAUACUCAAGCAAUCCGAGCAGUGGCCUUCCAUCCAAGUGGGCGUUACUUUGCACUGGGAACAAACUCAAAACAGAUGCUAAUCUGUAAAUAUCCGUAUGCCGAAAAUCGGAAGUCGAAGACCACCCUGCAAAAUAUUGAUGUACUUCUGAAAAGGCCAAAACAGCACCGCGGCAGUGUUUACUGCAUAGGAUUUAAUCCAAAUGGUGAACUUCUAGCAACAGGCUCUAACGACAAAACGAUGCGGCUUAUGUCCUUCAAUACUGAACAGUGUAAAAUUGGUGCCGAAAUGGAGUUAACGGUUCAUGACGGAACAGUACGUGAUCUUAUAUUCAUGGAAGAUACCGCACACCGUGCGGUACUGGUAUCAGGUGGUGCUGGAAAUUGCCGUAUUCAUAUCACAGAUUGCACAACUGGGAAAACUUUCAAUACUCAUCAGGGACAUACGGCUGCCAUACUCGGAUUAUAUACGUGGGGAAGUGCAUCUUUCGUUAGCUGUUCGCAAGACAAAACGGUACGGUUCUGGGAUCUCAGAACGGCUCAAGCCAUUCAUGUAGUAGCUCCAAGCAACAAGAUGUCAAACGCACCAGUUACCUCAGUUUGUGUUGACCCGAGCGGAAAACUACUGGUAACCGGUCAUGAAGAUGCUUCCAUAAUGCUCUAUGAUAUUUCUGGUAGGCGAAUAGUUCAAAUUUUCCGGCCUCAUGGUGACGAAGUUCGCACUGUCCGCUUUAGCAAUGCUGCAUAUUAUUUACUAAGUGGAUCCUACGACAAAAGAAUAGUUUUUACCGACAUGCGCGGAGACUUAACCGCUCCGUUACUAUAUUUACCAGUUGCUGAACAUAACGACAAAAUCAUACAGUGCAGGUGGCAUCCCCACGACUUCUCCUUCUUAAGCACAAGUGCGGACAAGAGUGCAGUUUUAUGGUCUCUUCCAGCACCGCCUAAUAACAUGUAAUU